AUGCACACUACGCGGCGAGAAAAGCUGGUAGAAGCUUUGAGUCGGGUCCCAGAAUACGCACUAGCCCCAAGUCGUCCCUCGAAUCCUCAGACCAUGAAUUUAGGUGGUCCUCCUCUGUACACAGCGUUUGCCUCCCCGAGUACAAUUGCCGUUCCAAUCGGACUGAUCAUGUAUACUCGGAAAGGGUGGCAUACUUCAUAG